AUGGAGAAGGACUUUCAAGACAUCCAGCAGUUGGACUCUGAGGAAAACGACCAUCAGCUCAGUGGUGAUGAGGAACAAGGCCCUCAUGUGCAGAAUCCUAGGACAGAAGAUCCACGUUGGAAAGGACAGCCUCCUCCCAGGCCCUUUCCACAGCGCCUCUGCUCCCCGUCCCACCUCACUCUGCUCGCCCUGGCCUUCAACAUCCUCCUGUUGGUGGCCGUCUGUGUGCUUUCAUCCCAAAGCAUGCAGCUGCAAGAGGAGUUUCGGGCCCUGAAAGAAGACUUCAGCAACUUCUCCUCCAGCACCCUGAUGGAGUUCAGGGUUCUGGACUCCCACGGAGGUAGCAGAAAUGACAAGUUGACUUCCUGGAUAGCCAAACUGGGGGACAAGCAGCAGGAGCUAAAAGCAGACCAUUCCUCUUUGCUCUUUCACCUGAAGCACUUCCCACUGGAUCUGCGAACCCUGACCUGUCAGCUGGCCUUCUUCCAGAGCAAUGGCACAGAUUGCUGCCCUGUUAACUGGGUAGAGUAUGGGGGAAGCUGUUACUGGUUUUCUCUGGAUGGGCUCACCUGGGCUGAGGCUGACCAGUACUGCCAGCUGGAGAAUGCCCACCUGCUGGUCAUCAACUCCAGGGAUGAGCAGGACUUUGUUGUAAAGCACAGGGCCGCGUAUCAUAUUUGGAUAGGUCUUACUGACAGGGAUGGCUCCUGGAAAUGGGUGGAUGGAACAGAAUAUAGAAGCAACUACAAGAACUGGGCCUUCACUCAGCCAGAUAACUGGCAGGGCCAUGAAGACGGAGGGAGCGAAGACUGUGCUGAAAUGCUGUCAGAUGGUCACUGGAAUGACAACUUCUGCCAGCAGGUGAACCGCUGGGCAUGUGAAAAGAAGCGGAACAUCACCCACUAGGAGUCUGCUCUACCGAGUCUACGCACCUCCCUCCCCCAACCCCGCAUGACCCAAUAGGAGUUCGCUCUACCAUGUCUCCGCCCCAUCCUCACAGCUGCAUCAUCCCAACAUCCUAACUGGGGAUAUUGGAGCAAGGAGGAGAGACAGAGUCCCAAGCAGGCGAUGGAUCUAUGGUCUCAUACCCUGGGAAGGCUGAGAUUGUACCCUUCUCCACAAUUUAUUGCAAUUGUUAUAAAUUUUAGCCUUCUGAACAAAGUAGGAAAA